AUGAGAUGGUAUCAGAUGACUUGCCUUGCAUUACUCCCCCCCCGUCCCCCGCUUCCUCCCCCGCUUCCUCCUCAGCUAAGUACCAAUACUCCAAAGAAACACUUUUGCAUGUCUGUUGUCGGUUCUCUCAUAUUUUGUCUCGAGUGUGGUGAUCUACUCGAUGGACAAGAGUCCAGUCAAGGCAAGAUCAGAUGUAACCAAUGCAAUGCCUCUUACAAUUCGUCAAAAUUCCAAAACUUGAAAGUGGUAACCUCAACAAACGAUAAAUCGUUCCCAUCCAAAAUCAGAUCCAAGAAAUCGUUAGUUAAGACGUCUAUUGCCAAGAACGAAUUGAAAGAUGGUGCUAUCAUCAACGAAAAAUGUCCGAAAUGUGCUAACGAUAAGAUGCAUUACCACACUCUACAGCUUAGAUCUGCAGAUGAAGGUGCCACGGUGUUCUACACAUGCACCGCAUGUGGAUAUAGAUUCAGAACGAAUAACUGA